AUGAAAGCUGCUACGUCAGUUGAUGUUUUGCUGCUUCCGACUGAUUAUUGCCUCGAAAGAUGUGGCUUUUUCCGUGUUGCCAGAGAAAAGUCUUUGAUGACUAAAUGGCGCUGCCGCAAACAAGAACAAAGUUGCUGCACAUCAGUGACAAUGUACAAAGGUGAAGGAGAAGGGUUAGAAGACGGAGGCUUGAAAGACGUGCGAUGUCAAAAUAACAGCAAUAAAGUAGCAGCAAUGGUAGAUGAGAAUUUGUCCGAAAUAUUUAAUGUCAUUUUUGGUUCCACUACAGCUGGUGAGUUGAGAAAUUUAUGCAGUUUGGGAUUUAUUAUUGGAGUUUGGAUAUUUUUGAUGGCAAACUGUUGGAAAAAUUGCAAAAAUCAUUGGAAUUUAAACAGGGUUUUAUUUAUUGAGAAUGCUUUGAAUGUGAAAAAUAAAUCCAGUACUCACAUUGAAAUUUCUUUUAAUCACUCAAAUGCAGCGAUUUUAGAGUUGGCUAACCAAUACAUACAGUGUGGCUCUAUUGGUUAUGCAGGUGGGGAAAUGUUUAAUCUUCUCAACAAUCUCACUGACCACUGUAUCCAAAUCGAAGGCAAUAUUUCCUCUGGGCCACCUUAUUGUGCCGAAAAUGUGGUCGAAUCUUUUUCGUCCGGGAUGUACACGGAAGACUUAUUUAUUCUAGUUGGAGGCGUUUUGCAGGAUGCAGUGACCAGUUUACCACUCUUCGAACUUCUGACAUUUUCAGAUAUUUAA